AUGCCACUGAGCCUAACAUUAAAGGAAGGAACUGUUAUAUUGGAAGAAAGUGACACGGAAGAGGACCGGAACGAAGAGGACAAAGUAAUAAAUGACGAGGAAGAUAUGGAUAAAGGCAAGAGAAAUAAUGAGAAAGAGGAGCUAUUGGACGGCACUGAAGUGGAAAAUAAAAUACAGCAGAACAUCGGUCAGCUCUUUAAGCUAGAGAAAAAAGAAGUAAAUAUAAAUAAAGAAGAAAGUGAAGAAGAAGGACUGAAGGCUGAAGAGAUUGGUAGAGCGUUAUACAAAAUGAAGAAGAAAAAAGCAGCAAGAAUAGAUAGUGCCUAUGAAAGCCUGGAUAUAUGCAGACUAGAAAAGGAGAUGGAAACCAAAGAUAUGAUUCCGGAAAGUCAAACUAGAUUUAAAAGAAGAAGAUCAACAACGAAUAAUAUUUUCAUACUGAUGUAUGAUACAGAGGGAAAGAAAUCAGGAAGAAAGAAGAAAAAAAAAUAUGAUGUUAUGGAUCUAAAAGUUCUCUUUGAUAAGAUGAAUAGGAACAGACUUUGGGAAAUUCUUAGAGGCAAGAGUAUAAAUGAAUAUUUAGUAAGGAAUAUAGAGAAGAUGUAUGAGGAAAUGGAGAUGAGGAUAAAGCUUGAAGCAAGGAUACACACAAUAAUUCAGAACAAUGAAAGGAAUAAUGAAUUAGAGAAAAGAAGAAUAGGAGGAAUUAGACUAGGUAAGGAUAGGAUAUGGUCAUAUGUGAAUGACUAG